AUGAAACAGUUUGUGUGUGUGUGUGUGUGUUUGUGUGUGUGUCUGAAUUGCCUCUUUGGUCAAGUGUGUUUGGGAAAGCAAUGAAAAAGACAUAGUGUCCAGUGAUUUAAUGUAGGACAUCCAGCUAUAUCUAUAAAAGAGAGAAUGAGAAUGGGAGAAAAAGAGGAGAGUUAUAACCCUGAGCAGAAAGGACGCAUGCCUGCUGCUGCUUGUGUAUAUGUGUGCACUCAUUUGUAUGUACACACUCUCGCUCUCUCUCACACACACACACACACACACACACACACACACACACACACACAGACACCUGGUGCUUGCUUUCCAUGCAGCUCAGAGUCCUGAAAGCCCUCCGUCGGUCUGGACUCUUCUCUCUUUCUUUCUGUCCUUCCUUCCUUUGCUUUCUUUCUUUUCCUCCUUUUCCUCUCAUCUCUGUCCUCUCUCUUCAUUAGCAUUCCUCUCUCAUCCAUCUCCCCCUCCUUCUAUAUUCUCUUCCUCUCUCUUGCUCUGUGUCUCUUUGUGUGGAAUUUGUGCAGACGCUGCUCACCUCAGGAUUUUUAAGCACUAUGGAAACACACCGUUGUAGCCAGAGAUGGAGGGAGUGAGGAGGUCGGUGACCUACGAAGUGCCAGCUUAGACCCUCAUCACAGUUUCGCCGGCCAAGGCAGCAGUAUAGACAGUGAGUGUGCCUUUGAGGGAGACUACGACGUGCCUCCUCUUUCCAUGGCUGAGGGUCUGCAGCACAUGCGGAUCAUGGAGGGGGUGUCUCGCUCCCUCCCUUCCUCUCCUCUUCUCACUCAUCAGACAGUCAACGUGCGCUUACAGCCAGUGAAGAAGAUCAGCACUGGUUCAGCCACAGCCCCUCUACGGAAGCUUAAGUUUGUGGAGAGCCCUCGCAUACCUGAGUUUGACCUUGGCUCCCCUACACACACCGCUUCCGCUGCACAGAAUCCCAGCCUGGACACACACUCACCUGGGGAAGUAGGUGAGGAGCUUGGCCCCCCUCCUUCAGUGGAUGAGGCUGCCAACACGUUGAUGACUCGCCUUGGCUUCCUGCUUGGAGACAAAAUGAGCGAGGGCCCUCCAGAGCUGCACUACAGCAUGGAGGAGGCCGAGGACACACAGGGUGUGGGGGUGAGCGGCAGGAUGAGUCCGUGCUCCACGCUGACCAGCAGCACAGCAUCUCCUCCAGCCUGCAGUCCCUGCUCCACUCUCCCUGCUGGAGCUCCAGGACAGGCCGUCAGCAGCCCCACCUCCACGCUGGAAAGCAGAGACAGUGGCAUCAUCGCCACCCUGACGAGUUACUCAGAGCCUGCAGAUCGCAGUGCCAAGCAUGGAGAGGGCACUCGCGCCAGCAGCCUCAAACUUUGGCACUCUCAGCGCGCCACACUCGACUCCGGCCUCUACCGGCUUGACGAAAACAUGGCUGCCUCCACCCACAGCCUCAACAAGAUUCCUGAGCCCAGCUCCACCCACCACUCCUCUCAGCCCACCCCCCUGUACCUCAUGCCCCGCCCUAACUCUGUGGCAGCCACCAGUUCAGCUCACCUGGAGGACUUGGCCUACCUGGAUGAGCAGAGACACGCUCCACUCCGAACUUCACUGCGCAUGGCGCGCCAAAACAGCAUGGCCGCCGGACGAUCUGGCCAGGAUCUGAGAGCUUCUGCUAACCACAAUACCUGGCAGUCCCAGUCACUGCGCUUCGCUCCAUACAGGCUCCAGGACAUAGCGCUGAAGCCGUUGCUCUUCGAGGUUCCCAGCAUCACGGUGGACUCUGUGUUUACGGGGCGUGAGUGGCUUUUCCAAGAAAUUGAUGCUCAGUUGAGUAGCACCAACCGUGCUACCAACCGGGGUGUGGUGCUGGUUGGCAACAUUGGCUUUGGCAAGACGGCCAUUAUCUCCCGUCUGGUGGCUCUCAGCUGCCACGGCAACCGCAUGAGGCAGAUUGCCUCCGACAGCCCGCAGGCUUCACCCAAACAUGGAGAUGGACUCCCUCUUACACAGCCUCAGCCCUCCCAUGGAACGUUGGGAGGUGGCAGCUGCCCGGGAACUCCAGAGAUGAGGAGGAGACAGGAGGAGGCUAUGAGGAGACUCGCAUCUCAGGUGGUAGCGUAUCACUACUGUCAGGCUGACAAUGCCUACACUUGCCUGGUGCCAGAGUUCGUGCACAACGUGGCAGCGCUGCUGUGCCGCUCACCACAGCUUAACACCUACAGAGAGCUGCUACUGAGAGAACCACACAUUCAGAGCACGCUCAGUCUGCGCUCCUGCGUCCAGGAUCCACUCAGCGCUUUCACAAGGGGAGUCCUCGAGCCACUGGACACACUUUAUAAAGAGAGGAAGAUGACAGUUGAUGAAGACUUCAUCAUUCUUAUAGAUGGUCUUAAUGAAGCAGAGUUCCACAAGCCUGAUUACGGUGACACCAUUGUCUCUUUCCUUUGUAAGACCAUCGACAGGUUCCCAGCCUGGCUCAAGCUAGUGGUGACCGUUCGAACCUCAUUGCAGGACAUCACGAAACCGUUGCCAUUCCACCGUAUCUCUCUGGAUGCCCUGGAGGAGAACGACGCUAUCGACCGGGAUCUGCAGGCCUAUGUGCUGCAGCGUGUGCAUGGCAGUGCUGAAAUCCAGAGCAACAUCUCGCUCAACGGUAAGAUGGAUGGUGCCGGCUUUGCCAAACUCAGCUCACACCUGAAGGCCCUCAGUCGUGGAUCAUUCCUCUACCUGAAGCUGACCUUUGACCUGAUCGAACGUGGCUACCUGGUGUUGAAGAGCUCCGGCUACAAAGUGGUGCCCGUGAGCCUGGCUGAAGUUUACCUGCUGCAGCUGAAUAUGCGCUUUCCCACACAGUCGUCGUUUGAGCGAGCACUGCCCCUGCUCAAUGUGGCACUGGCGUCGCUGCACCCUCUCACCGAUGAACAGAUCUACCAGGCGGUCAACGCCGGCUCCCUCAGGGCCACGCUCGACUGGGACGAUUUCCGCCAGAGGAUGGAGCAGUUGGGUGUUUUCCUGGUGAAGAGGCGUGAUGGCACACGUAUGUUCGUGCACCCGUCUUUCCGCGAGUGGCUAAUCUGGAGGGAGGAAGGGGAGAAGACCAAGUUCCUUUGUGAUCCCAGGAAUGGACACACACUGCUUGCCUUCUGGUUCUCCAGACAGACAAACAAACUCAACAGACAGCAGACUAUAGAACUAGGACAUCAUAUACUCAAAGCACAUAUAUUUAAGGGCCUGAGUAAGAAGGUGGGAGUCUCCUCGUCCAUUUUGCAGGGGCUGUGGGUGUCUUACAGCACUGAGAGUUUAUCCACUGCUUUAUCUUCCCUGAGAAACCUGUACACCCCUAACAUUAAGGUGUCCCGUCUGCUGAUGAUGGGAGGGGCAAACGUUAAUUACCGGACAGAGGUGCUAAACAAUGCGCCAGUGCUGUGUGUUCACGCUCACUUGGGAUACAUGGACAUGGUGAACCUGCUGCUGGAGUUUGGGGCUAACGUGGACUCGGCAUCUGAGAGCGGCAUGACAGCACUGAGCUAUGCUGCCACCGCGGGACACCUGAGCAUCGUCACUGCCCUCUGCAAGAGAAAGGCUAAGCUUGACCAGCUGGACAGGAACGGCCAGUGCGCUCUGGUACAUGCGGCUCUAAGGGGCCACAUGGAGGUGGUGAAGUUCCUGCUGCACAGCGACUGGGGAGGUGAGGGGCCAAAAACCGCACAGCUCCACACUCCCUCUCCCACCAAACCAUGUGACUCCCCACAGCUGUCCAGCCCAGAGCAGCAGGAGAAAGAGCAGGAGCAAGAGGGAGAGGAGACUCCACAGGAAAAGGAGAGAGAGACAGAGAUCCCUGCUGAGCAGCAGGAGACCAAGGAGGAGUCGGAGAAAAAACGCCAGGAAGCUCAGCCUCAGCAGCAGCAUGAAGCCUUCAGGAAGAGUCACGCAAUACAGCAGGCUCUGGUAGCAGCAGCUAGUAUGGGACAUAUUGAGAUUGUAUCAUACCUGCUGGAUCUUCCUGAGAAAGAAAAAGAGGCUACAGAGUAUGGUCAGAUGAACAACUAUGACACUUUGUGGGGGGAAACAGCACUGACCGCAGCAGCGGGGCGGGGAAAGCUAGACGUUUGCCGGAUGCUGCUGGAGCAGGGCUCUGCAGUAGCUCAGCCAAACCGCAGAGGGGUUGUGCCUCUCUUUAGCUCUGUAAGCCAAGGACACUGGCAGAUUGUGGACUUGUUGCUGACUCACGGAGCAGAGAUAAACAUGGUAGAUAAACAGGGACGAACUCCCCUGAUGAUGGCCGCUUCCGAGGGCCACAUAGAGACAGUGGAGUACCUGCUGGCUCAAGGUGCGUCCAUGCCCAUAACAGAUAAAGAAGGUCUCACUGCACUAAGCUGGGCGUGUCUAAAGGGACAUUUGCCUGUGGUUCGCUGUCUGGUGGAAAGGGGUGCGGCCACUGAUCAUGCGGAUAAGAACGGGCGCACACCUCUUGACCUGGCUGCCUUUUAUGGAGACGCAGAUGUUGUGCAGUUUCUCGUUGAUCAGGGUGCUUUGAUUGAGCACGUGGAUUAUAGUGGGAUGCGUCCACUAGACCGGGCUGUGGGUUGCCGCAACACAUCAGUGGUGAUGGCUCUCCUCAAGAAAGGAGCUAAGAUAGGAUGUCAGACCUUGCCAAGUCGGCACAAAGGAGGUCCAGCUACAUGGGCAAUGGCAACCUCGAAACCAGACAUCAUGAUGAUCCUGCUGAGAAAACUUAUCGAGGAAGGCGAUGGCUUCUACAAGAAAGGCAAAGUGAAGGAAGCAGCACAACGUUAUCAAUAUGCUUUAAAGAAGUUUCCUCGUGAAGGCUUCAGUGAAGAUCUGAAGGCCUUUCGAGAGCUCAAAGUCUCUCUGUUUCUCAAUUUGUCUCGCUGCCGCAGGAAAAUGAAUGACUUUGGAAUGGCAGAAGAGUUUGCUACCAAAGCUCUCGAGCUGAAACCCAAAUCCUAUGAGGCAUACUAUGCUAGAGCCCGAGCUAAACGCAGCAGCAGGCAGUUUUCUGAGGCUCUAGAUGACCUCAGGGAAGCCAUAAAGCUGUGUCCCAACAAUCGCGAGAUUGUGCGCCUCUUGCAGCGUGUGGAGGAAGAAUGCAGGCGUGUCACCCAGACAGAGGAGCCUGAGCUUGAGCCCCCACCAUCCCCACCCCCAUCCCCUUUACCUGUGGAGGAGGAAGAGGAGCCACCUCAUCAUACUCCACCCCCAGAACCACGACUGGAUGACAUGGAACCUGUGCAAGAUCUUUUCGAGGAUGAUGACUUUCUGGAGCAGGAGCUGGAGGGCAUGUCCAUUGGCCUUCCUCCUGAACGCAUCAAUCCAUCCAGCCUCCAAAUUAUCCACAGCCCACCUCUUUCUCCUGUCCCUCUAUCAGGAGGCCAAGCCUUCGAGUUCCACCCAAGCCCCUCUUCAUUGUCAUCUCCAACUCGCCAAAGCUACCAAUCAACCUCACCUUGUGUCUCUCCCACACACCAGAAUUCCCAUUACCGACAUAGUCCUCCACACACUUCUCCUGCCCAUCAAGCAUCCUACCGCUUCAGCCCUCCACCUAUGGGUAGUGGAGGUCAGGGAAUGGAUUACCAGAGUCCCCCACCUUCCCCUCUUCGUCGCACAGCACCAUACAGAGCCAGUCCCCCCUUGGAGAGUGUGUGUCUCUACCGUUCCCAAUCGGGAUCGCCGGUCCGCUACCAGCAGGAACCUUUGCCCAGCCGCCCCAAAUCACCCCUGUCUAAGAUGAGCAGUCAACGCUCUUUUCAGCUUCAGUCACAACCAUCCCAGUGCUCCCAGUCCUCCCAACACCACCAGGCCCAGGGCCUCCGACUGCAGCCUUCUGUGGCCCAGAUUGUACGCACGAACCAGCCUGGGAGUGGCAUCUAUGGCCAAUUGGCCCACCCACUCAGCAGGUACCAGGGCAGCUCCAUGGACAUAGACCGGGAAAGAGAGCGGGAGGCCCGGCUGGUGUACCAGCCCUCCUUGGAUGGAAGGUCCAUGUCUCAGGUACAGUCCAGUCUGAGUGUGGGUGCUCUAUGCCAGCAUGGAGGGCGAGGUGGGCCUGGAGGAGUACUUGAAUCUGGAGUGGGGAAAGAUGAAGUGCCUCAGCGCCCUGCCUCAGCCUACCGCUCUGCAACUGGAGGUCCAGGAGGAAUGCGCUUUAGCCAGACGCCUCAAAUCAGCCGCAGCCAGUCUGCAGCAUACUACCCUGUAUCUAAGCAUGAGCUGGAGAGAGCUGCAGCAGCAUCCUCCAUGUCCCCAUGCCAGCUAGGCUCACCUGAAAUCCCACAUCUGGUACGUCGGCCCAUCAGUGCAAACACGGGCGAUCUGAAACCACACAUGUCCACCCCUAGACCCCUAAUCCACUCUCAGAGCGUGGGUCUGCGCUUCUCCCCCUCCAGCAGCAAUAUCUCCUCAGGCUCUGGUCCUAAUCUAGCCUCUGGCUUUAGGCCUUCCUCCUCCAUGGCCCAGAUGGAGAUCCCCCUACAGGUGGCAUACGAGCGCAGCUUUGAUGAGCCAUCCUCACUCUCGCCCUCACAAAGCGGCCUGUACCCCAGUGAGCCAGCGCGUUCCCGGACAACGCCCUUCAUGGGCGUCAUUGACAAGACAGCACGGACUCAGCAGCAGUACUUGCACCAGCCUUCUCGUGCAUGGCCAGUCACAUCUCUGGACAAUGUCAUCACCAGCCCUACAUCACCAGGGAACCUGAUUCACCAGGCAUCUACAGCCUCCUCCUACAGCCCGCCCACCUCAUUAGGUAACAUUGCCUACUACAACAAGACCAACAAUGCCCAAAAUGGGCACAUGCUGGAGGAUGAGUACUAUAGCCAGCCACAGCCCUCAUCCCUGGGCAAGCUGGCAAAUGGAGGGGCCCGUGACAGGGAUCUCCUGGAGCGGGUCAGUCAGGUACCCACAUACCAGGAUGUGAAGGUGGCACGGACAAUGCCCGUGGCACAGGCUUACCAGGAAAACAUGUACCGCCAGCUCUCUCGUGAUGCCAGGCAAGGCCCCACCUCACCCAUUAAACCAAAGAGACCCUUUGUGGAAUCAAAUGUGUAACAAGGCCAGUAGAGUGUAACGGAUGUGUGAUAGGGAGUGAGUGUGUGUUUAAAUGUGGUGGUGGUCCAAUGUAUUAAAAUUAAUUACUAGAAAAUAUGUCAUUUUUUGAAACUCUACUAACCCAGGGAGGGUAAUGUUGAUAUAUUGCAACUUCAUGAAAGAAAUUGCUAAUGCCUUGAUCUGUGCCUGCUUCUGGUAUACUUGAGGCAUAAGCUUUAGCGCUAGAGCAAAAGACUUGAGACACUUGGACUUCUAUGAAUAUGAUACUACUGAAUGUUCUUUAAAGCUCUGCACAUUAUGUGAAAGCACAUUUCUGAACCUUCCCUGAAUUGAAGCAACAAACAUGCGCGCACACACACAGCUUGAGGAACAGUGUGUGUCUUGCAGUUAUUAUCCCACAUGAGUAUGAGCAUCGUGAACAAGAAUGUGUGAGUCACAGACUGUUCAUGAAUUUAAAUGCUUAAAUCAUUUCCUCUCUUCAGUAGGCAAUUCCAAACAGGACUGCUAGGCCUUCCAGAGUAUAUAAUGUUGGAUUAUUCAAUGCUGUUUAAUAAAAAAAAAAAAAAAAAGCUGUAUUUACAGAAGGAACACAAAGGAAUAUUUAUACCUGAGUUCGAUAAUGUACAAAUCAAAGCAUAAACCUAGUUUCUGUGUUUGUUUUAUUUUAAGUUAUCUUUAUUUUUGUAUCUUUUUUUGGCAGGGAAAAGGUACAUAAUAUUUUCGAAAAUGCAGAUUCAGAGUUUAUGGAUUUAGAGAGGGGAAUGUACAAACUUUCAGAACACUGUUUUUCAAAAGCUUACAAGAGUUAUAUCCUCGUUUUUACAGUAAGAACAUUUUCAUACUUAAGAAAUUACUAUCUAGAAAUAACCUGGAUAGAGAAUACAUUAUAGUUGUAAUGCAAACUGAAUCAUGUGAAUCAGAAGUGAUCAUGGGUUCAUUUUGUUUUUAGACCAAUCACUGAAAAGGCUGAAGAACAGUCUUACACCUUUUUUUUAAUGAACUAAUGCAUUUAUGUACAUUGGAUCUCCCUGUCCUCAAAGUUUGUACAUGCUCUGCUCCACAUAUAAAAAGAUGUUUCAGGGGUGUUGAAUAAUUGAUGGUAGUUCCUUUUUUAUUUUGAAACAGUUUUAACAGUUACAGUAUUGUUCUAAAAUAUGAAAAAUCAUUAGUAUAUUUAGCUAUAAUAUAUUUGUUUUAACAUUUCAGUGACAAUAUUAGUUUUUUGCUGCACUGUAUGCCCAUGAAAGCUCUGAAGAAAAAUAGCACUUUAUUAAUUUCAUUCAGAUGAUGGAAAAUCAUACAGUAGGCAUGAAGAAUGGCUCAUUUGGAUUUCAAAAUCACAGAAGUUGUCUCUAGACAACAAAACUGAUUAACAAACGGAGUGAACACGGGAAUAUUAUUUGUGAAUUAAUUGUCCUACUAGAAAAUCAAAAUAGCAGUCUUUGUUAUUGGUGCAAUCUUUUUCCUUUUUUCUUUUAAAAAGCUAAAGAAUAAGCAGUAAAAAGAGUGAAACUAUGUUUUUAAAAAGCUAUGAAAACAUGUAUAUAAUAGCCUUUAUAGAGCGCACUGUAUGUGCUGUAUAUACUGGCCAGAUGUGUUUAUGCAUAACCAAUUCAUAACUAUUUCUCUAUAGCUAAUUCUUCACUGUUGCAGGGUUAUGGCUAACAUCUAAGAGACAAAUGAAUAACAGUAUCCAGUAUGUAGAGGUGAAUAAUUGAAGCAGAUAUGAAGCGUGAAACACGGGUGUCCAGGGUUCAGUAGCAUCCUGAAACACUACCAAAAGAUUUUUACUAUGAAAUCAUAAACUCCAAGAAAUGUUUAGGAAAUGUUUUCGGAAAACAGUCAUCAAAGCUCUCUGCAGUAGAACGCAAUAUUGUCAAUGUGCAGUGUUCAAACUGUCUAUGGUCACAUGUUCUCAAUAAUGGACUCAGACAGCUGCUGUCUUUAGUAAACCCAUACAUUUUAAGUAUUUAUGCCAGUAACCCUUCACCCUUUCUCAUGAAGGAAUAACUGAUAAUGCUCAAGAAGUAACAAUUAUUCAUCAACCUAAAGGGAACAAAGGACUACAAAGGUUUCUUUCUUUCAGAAGGGAUAGUUUUAUCAGUGUAGAUUAUUUUUGCUGUAAAUACAGAUGCAUGUUCUAUCCUCAGCCUCCCCUGAGCUCAUGUGCACAUGCUGAAGUGUACCUGAUGUAUAUCUCAAAUGAAGCUGGUGCCCAAAUAAUGCAUUCCAACCUCUCAUUUUUUGAAAUCGUUAAUUAGGAAACACACUACUGACCUCUUAUGAGUUGAACUGGGCUUUUUUUAUUUUGCAUUUAAGUUCAUAUUACUGUACUUGCUUGCUGCGCUGAGUUCUCUUGUCUGUAAAUGUGAGCUUUCAGAGCGCUGUGACAAAGUUCUAUGACUACAAUAAAACAGAAUGUGUUUUUAUCAUA